AUGGCCACGGUGGUGGCGCUGGCGCGCGAGCCCGUGCUGGCGUCGAACAGUUGUGGCUAUGCGCUGGCUUUAGGCGAUGGAUCCCUGCUCACCAGCAAGACGUGCGGGGGCUUGCAAGACGUGCGCACGCUGGUGGCCUCGAAUGCAGCCUUUGCAGCCUUGACAGGGGAUGGGGGCGUGCAGAGCUGGGGGGACUCCACCGCCGACUGUGAGGGCCUCCAAGCCCAGCUCACCAACGUCCGCGAGCUCCACGCCACCUGGUUGGCCUUUGCGGCGCUCCGCGAGGACGGCCGGGUACUUGCCUGGGGUUCCCAGCACUUUGGCGGAGACGCGUCUGCCGUUCAAGCGCAGCUCACGGGCGUGCGACAGAUCUGCGCCAGUAGCCGUGCCUUCGGGGCCAUUCGUGAGGACGGAUCUGCCUUUGCCUGGGGCGACGCCUUCUACGGAGGUGAUAGCCGCGACGUGCGCGAGCAGCUCUCCGACGUGCGGCAGCUUGUGGCCACGGAUUCCGCCUUUGCGGCCCUCCGCGGGGACGGCACUGUGGUGACCUGGGGGAACGUCGCCUGCGGUGGGAACAGCUCGGCG